UAAAUAUUAAGUUGAAAUGGCAGGCACAUCGAACGAAAAGUGUGAUCUUGACAGUACCACAAGUCCCGAGGCUCCAGUGCUUGCAUCUUCAGAUAGAGAUGAUAGAGGGGCCGUCGCACCACGCCAAAAUAAAGACACAGAGAAGAACGCCAGCGCUGGAGGAACCUAUUUCGUGAAAGAAACCACAUCGGAUGCUGACGAUGGUCUCAAGCUCGCCAAAGACGGAGUCACGAUCCUUAUUCCUCAACCCUCGGACGAUAAUGAAGACCCUCUCAAUUGGACAUGGCUCAGAAAGCACAAAGUCUUGAUAUCUCUCUUGCUUCCGAGUCUUCUGACGGAUUGGGGAAUGACGUGGGGCACAACUCUUUUCCAAGCUCAAGCUGUGACGUGGGGUAUGUCUGUACCUGAUGUAGCAAGAUCUGUCAGUGGAGGUAUCUUCUUACAAGGCCCUGGAGGGGUCUUAGCUGUACCUUUCGUUCAGAGAUAUGGCCGCCUCCCAGUACUGUUCUGGUCCCAAGUCUUGGGCUUCGUUAUGGUCCUUAUCGCGACAUUCAUGCCGAAUUACGCGAGCUUCACGGCUUUCCGUACUCUUCAAGGCUUUGUUGCUACUUCACCUCAAGUCAUCGGGCUCUCGGUUGUCCAUGAUAUUUCUUCUUCCACGUCGCUCACUGUUCUAGAACGAGCCAGGAAGGUCAACAUUUGGGCAUUCACGUUUCUGCUUGGCCCUUUCCUCGGACCCUUCGUCUCGUCUUUCUUGUUGUCACGUAUUUCGUGGCAGUUUGAUAUGGGUGUUCUAGCUAUGUUCUACGGUGUAUCAGCAAUCCUUGUUGUGCUUUUGGGAGAGGAAACACUGUACGAUCGAGACAAAUCAUGGAAGCCCACAGCGGGAGCAUCGAAGAUCUCAAUCCUGGUCGGUAUAGCUGGAGCCAAAGCAAAAGGACAAACCAGCUUAAUGCUUGUAUCGAAACAGCUUCUUGAGUUGUUGAUCAAACCCCAGCUACUUCUCCCCACUCUUUAUAUCAUGCUACUUUUCACAUGGGCAAUCGGUAUCGUAACCACAGUAACCCAGUUCAUCCGGCCUCCUCCGUAUCUUCUCGACAACACGCAAGCAUCUUUGUUUUACCUCGCUCCAAUAGUUGGUGGUCUCACAUUACAGAAGCAGUUACCAGUGAUAGGCCUUGCUGCAGCUUGGUCAUUGAUGGCAUUCGCUCAAGUUGCGAGCACGACAGCCAUCAGUGCUUACGCAUUGGACGUCUUCCCACAUCAUGCUGCUUUGGCUAGCUCCUGGAUCAACUUCUGGAGGACAACUGGUGGAUUCUGCGUCACUUACUUCCAGACUCAAUGGGUAGCUAAAUCGGGAGCUGCGACGACUUUUGGUAUUCAGGCAGCCAUCAUUGCUUUUGGAUUUAUUUUUGUUAUCAUCACACAGGUCAUGGGUGCCAGAUGGAGGUUGAAAUUUCCAGCUCCUUCGAUCGCGGAAAAUUGA